AUGGAAGCUAUUGAACUAAUCUGCAAACACAUUCUCGCCCAUCGUACAACGGUUCCCAAGCCUCUUUUUGUUGCUCUUCAAGGACCACAAGGCUCAGGAAAGUCAUAUCUAUCUGGCCUUGUACAGGAAACGUUAUCUGCAUCUCCAAACAAUCUGCGGAUUGUUGUCAUCUCAAUAGAUGACCUCUAUCUCCCCCACGGCGAUCUCAUCUCCUUAGCUUCGUCACAUCCAAACAACCCACUUUGGCAAGGUCGUGGUCAGCCGGGCACGCACGAUGUCGAACUUGGUAUCCGCGUCUUGAAUGCCCUCAAACACGGCAUCUCUGUCGAGAUUCCGCGAUUCGAUAAAAGUUUGUUCAAUGGAGAAGGCGAUCGAUUACCGAUGGAUGGCUCUGGCACCAUCGUCUCUCAACCGCCACUUGUCGACAUUGUUAUUCUGGAAGGCUGGUGUGUUGGCUUUCAAGCCAUCUCUUCAGACGACCUUUAUCGCAGAUGGAACGGAAUUUGGAAAGAAGAGAGAGAGAAACUAAGUCUCACUGAAGAUAAAGUAGGCAAAAAGAUUGACGUGGAGAACGUCAACGAGAAAUUAAAAGGAUACGCCCCUCUCUGGACUUUCUUCGAUAUUUUUGUCCAGGCAUCCACGCCACCUCCAUCUACUUCUGAAUCUCAGCAUUCUAUCAUCUAUGAGUGGCGUCUGGAACAGGAACGAUACAUGAAAGAACAGAAUGGUGGCCGAGGCAUGUCAGAUGCUGCAGUCAAGUCAUUUGUAGACAGGUAUAUUCCUGGCUAUGUCUUUUUUGGGGAUUCCUCGCCGCUCAGUGUCGACCAAGGCCAAAAAACGUUGGGAAGGACUUUGACCUUGUACCUCGACGCAAUGCGGAACGUCACAACGUCGUCGACAUCAUGA